AGGGCGUUAGUGCCAAAAACUAAGUUCGUGAGAAAACAUAUUACAAAACGAAAAGCUGGCAAAGAUAUAUACGUACAUAUGUAACCUAUUAAAAAAUACUUGCAAUCAUGUCGAAAAUAAAAUAUAAAUUACUAGAUAAUAAUGCAUACAAAGAGCAAAAAAUUCAAUCGAAACAUAUCAUAAUAUUUUGUAUGAUCAUUUUUAUACUACACUUGCUUUAUUGGCAAUCCUUUAGCGACAUAGACAACAUUAAUUAUGUGGAUAAGAGUGCAAAAGAUACUGAUAAAAAAUCACAAAAAUCAAUCUCACCAACAAUAACUGAAGCAACAUCAGCAGCAAUAACAACAUUUUCAUCAAGAUCCUCAGCACCAACACAAGAGCUGCAAAAAUAUUUUAUUUACACUUCUCAAUGUCGUGUGCCAUUUGUGGAUCCUUUCGAGAAGGGUGUGUCAGAACUCUUCAAUCGUCGAGGUUUUAACUACACCAAUUGUACAAACGACGAAUCAUUCAUAACAAUCAACUAUCAGCUAAAUGCACGAAAGUACUUUUUACACAUGAAUAUGGAUGCAAUAGAACGAGCAGUUAAACUCUUAAAUGCCACCGCUACGGAUGUCGACUGUUGUUAUCGGCAAAUUGUGCGAAGCGGCAGUGGUGGACAGGCUGAUAAUAAAUUCGAUUUACUGCCAUGCUCUACAUUUCUUCAGGAUUUUAUGGUACCACUACACAUAGAUUAUAUAAUUACCGAAUGUUCAUUGAGCAAGGAAGCAAAUACUACUAUCAUUCAAAAAGAUGCUUUCUCAUUCGCUCAACAAAAAAAUAACAGUGUCACUAGCUCGAAUAAUAAGCACACAACCUCACGAAAGAAGCCGAAUGUAUUGUUGUUGGGCAUAGAUAGUUUUUCUCGUAUAAACUUACGACGUACCAUGCCGAAUACCUUUAAUUAUUUGCAAAUGAACAAUUGGUUCGAGUUGCAAGGUUAUAACAAAAUAGGCGAUAAUACUUUUCCUAAUUUGUUGGCUUUGUUAACAUCGUACAAUUUAACCACAGGAAAAGAAAAAUGUCGUCCAACAACUGUGGGCGGUUUAAAUGACCCGAUUUGUAAUCUAAUUUGGAAUAAUUUUAAAAAUUACAGUUAUAAAACAGCAUAUGCAGAAGAUUGUAAUGUCAUGAGUACAUUUAAUUAUGUGAAGUGUGGUUUUUUUCAACAGCCGACAGAUUAUUACCUCAGGCCCAUGUUGUUGGCCCUUACCGAAAAAUUAGAUAUUGUGAAAAAUGCCGGUCUGGAAUAUUGCGUUGGUCGCAAACAUCAUGCUGAAUACAUAUUUGAUUUUAUGCUACAAUUUGCGAAUAAUUUUCCUGCUGAUCCACUUUUUGGACUAUUCUGGACAAACUCAUUUAGUCAUAAUGCCUUUGAUACCCCAGCAACAAUGGACACGAAAAUUUUAGAAUAUCUAAUAAGAAUGAAGAGAGACGGCAUUCUCGAACGUUCCAUUGUGAUAUUUUUUUCAGACCAUGGGAUGCGUUGGGGUUCAUUACUAUGGUUAAAAUCUGGUUUUUUAGAAGAAAGAUUACCCACAAUGUUUAUAUCGAUACCGUCGUGGUAUCAAAACGAAUAUCCGGAUUUUAUGAAAAACUUACAAAUAAAUCAAAAGCGUUUAACAACGCCAUAUGACAUUUAUGCGACCAUGAAACAUAUACUUGAAGUGGCUGAACCGGAAAAUGAAUUUCCUUACCUCAAUGGAACCAUACAGGGUGUUAGCAUUUUUAAUGAAAUACCAGAGAAUCGCACCUGUACUGAUGCUGGCAUUCCCGAGCAUUGGUGUACAUGUGUACCAUAUGAAACAGUAGAUAUAAAUGAUGAGCUCGUAAGUAAUUUAACCAGCCUGGUAUUUAACGAAAUCAAUCAAUAUUUGGUUAACAAAAAUAUUGGAGAUAAAUGCGAUAAUUUGACUUUGAAGUCUUUAAAUUCAGCUGAAUUAAAAAUGAUUGAUGAACCAAAUCAGUCAACGUACCGGCUCACCUUCGAAGCACUGCCAAAAGAGCCGUCAUUUCAAGCGACAGCAAUUUACAAUAGAAGUUCGAAAGUAAUUUCAAUUAAUGUUGAAGAUAUAUCUCGAUUGGAUUCAUAUAAAAGCACCGCAAGCUGUAUUAAUUUAAAAGAGGCUAAGAAAUAUUGCAUUUGUAAAGAAUGAAAAAAUUUGAUUUCGGCAUGCAAAAAUAGUUAUUUUAAAAUUAAAAUAUUUUAAAAAUUUAAAUAAAUUAUAAAAUUAUAAAUUUACUUUAUAGUUUCCGCAUACAUAUAUAAUACUUGUAUGUUGAAACAGAUCACUCACCGAAUACAAAUCAGAGAUAAUACAUAUUAUCAUUAAACAUAACCUGUGAUAAGAAAUAGUAUUACAUGCAUGAUAGCAUAAUCGAGAAUAUUUGAAACAACCGAUUUCGCAAAGGUACAUAAAAUAAAAAUACUAAUGACGGACCAAUAUUAAAAUGUAAUGUAAUUCUAUAUACACAAAAAUAUGUAUGGUAGGCGUAUUAAAUAUAUACAUUUUAUUAGAAA